GACGGAUUUAAAUGUAACUGGCACAACUCUAAAGGGACGCCACAACGCUUUCUGGUCGCUAGGCUUCUGUUCUUCUGCUGUUAGGUUCAACAAAACAACACUGAAUAGUUAUGUCCUCGACGAGGGAGGAUACGUUAUCUGGAGAUGAGCUGAGGAAACGACUCUAUCAAACUUUUAAAAACAAAGGAGUGCUAGAUACACUCAAAACUCAGCUGCGGAAUCAGCUCAUCCAGGAGCUAAGACACCCACCUCUGACAGGAGGAGAACCAGUUCCCAGACCGGUACCAGUUAAAUCUGACCCCUUUUUGGUGUCAGCCUGCAACAACAUAGUGGCAGAUCAUCUGUUUACCUCUGGAUAUGAGUAUACGCUUUCUGUGUUCUUCCCUGAAAGUGGAUUAUGCAAAGACAAGGUGUCCACCAGUGAUGAACUCCUUCAGCUUCUUAGAAUAAGUCCUGAAUCAACCCUUUACAGGUCUUUGUCUUCAAACAAAGAGAACAACGAUAAAGGGUUCCUCAUCCGCCUUGUCACACAGCUAACUCACCCCCAUGCUCGAAGCCUCUGCCAUGAUGCUGACACUCAGACAAGCAGCAUAGGAAUUUAUGGAGAGUCACUGGUUGAGAAGAUGAAAAUGAUUGAUAAGGAAUAUGAAAACAUCAGUUACAGUGGGGAGAAGUUUUUUUCUUUCCAAACUAAACUGGAUGCAUACAGAAGAGAAGCUGAAGCACAAAUGCAAGCUGAAAUGAGCACAAAGAUGCAGCAUUUUAAAGAUGUUGAAACUGCCAAGGUGAGGAUGGAAGAAAAAGCAAAAUUUCAUAAAGAAUUUGAUAUACUGAAGCAAGACCUGGAGAGGACGUAUGAAAUGAAGGCCAAGGCAUUGAUGGAGCGGGAGAAGAAUGCAAUUGAGCGGUUACAAACCCAACAAAAGAUUGAAGAGAAAAAUGUUUAUAUGCAGAGACAAUCAGUCCUGAAAGAAAUUGAAACACAGCGGGACAGAGAAAAUGAGCUGAGGAUGAGAACAGAGGCUUUUGAAAAGACUUGUCAAAUUCAUGAGGAGAAGGUCAAGACCACUGAAGAGCUGCUGAGGAGGAGAGAGCUGGCAGUGAAGACUAUGGAAGACACAUAUGACCAGAGGCUGAAGAAUGAGCUUUCCAGGUUUCAGCUUGAAUUGAAGGAGGACUUUAUUAAAAGAACAGAAAAACUCACUGAAAAUGAAAACAGAAACAAAGUGGAAACGGCUCGCAUCCAAAAGGAGUCAGCUGUCAUUGAUUCUAAACUAGAGGAACACAACAGAGCAUGCUCAGAGCUAAAGCGCCUGCAGGCUGAGCUCGACACAGCACAGCAACAGAUUUCCCUGCUGACCCAACAGAAUGAGUUGUUAAGGGAAAGACUUGAUAACAUGAGUGACUACCCCACUUUAAAAAGAGAGAAAGCAGAGCUGCAGGGCCAAUUGCGGCUGCUUCAGAAACAGUUGGAGGAAGCCCAAGAGGAGAACCGGCUUCUUCAUGCAGAUUUAGGCAAGCCGUCCAAAGAGCAGCUGUCCUUGCAGAUGGAGCUACGAAGGCUGCAGAGCGCUCGCAGACUGGAUGAGGAAGAAUUUGACAACCAGAAACAGGUGCUGCAGGCACAGCUCCAGAGUGAGGUGGAGCGCAGCGCUCAGCUCAAGGCUCAGUUGACUCAGUGCGAGGAGAGGUCACAGAAGAUGAGUAACCACAUUGAGGACAUAACGAUGCAGCUUCGCCAAACUCAACAAGCUCUUGAAAAUGAAGUGCUGCGUAACCCAAAGCCGUCCCUUGUUGAUCGCUCAGUGCUGGAUCUCGGCACAGACAAGCUGGUCCCCCCGGACAUCUAUGUGGACAGAGCUCUGCUGAGCUCUGGGGUGGGUUAUGAUGCUGUUUGUGAAGCAGGUGGACCCUCGAGAGGACUCAAGUGGCCUCGCAGCGACUCUCCAGACUUGGACAUGGAGCUGGUUGCUGAAGCCAAGGCCAGGUUCAAGGAGCUGCAGAAGGAGGCUGACAUCUUGGAGGAAGCCUACAGGAAGUACCAGCAGGGGGCAGUGUUCUCCACUGUCUCACACAUGCCUCCCCCUAGAGCUCUUUCCCAUCAACAAGCACAUCCUUCACAUCACCCUGACUUUCCCCGAAGGAAACACAUCUCCCAGCACACACACACCCAAACACUACACAUGUCAAAGGUCGCACACAGACCACUGUCACCAGAAACUACCAGAACCCCCUCCUCAUUGCCCCGUAACACUAGAAACACUAUACCUCCUGCACAACCACAAGUGACCUUCUCAGAGCAGCAACCCCAGUCCCCAGUUUUACCCGACCACAGCAUCCAUUCUCUGACAGAACCUUUGUUACCAAGAGAGGAGCCUCCUCAGGAUGAAGCCAGCUCUUCAUCCAGACGUUUAUCCUCCACUCUACACUCAUCCUCCAGGAAAAAGCCUCAAAGAGAGAUCACUGAAGAAGCGGCCGUGUCUCCGUUGGUGUUUCCUGAGCUGUCCUCUGACAAAAAGCCCCCUCAUGCCCCCUGUGAUGAGGUGGCGACCUUAGGUGACUUUCCUUCAGAGUUCAGUCCACCCCACAGUUUACCACUGAAGAGCACAGCCCGAGGUCAAACCAGUCCACCUGACCUAAGGCCUGUGGUCUCCAGUUUGGAUUCUUCCCCACAGCCAGAGAAGAUCAGCCUGGAAGAUCUUGGAGGGAGUUUUUCAGAGCCCGGCCACAUUCCAGAGCUUCUCCCGGACACUGCCGUCCCUCUCUCCGAGGAGGCCCCUGACGGCCCCGCUGUCCCCCGCCCACCAGACCUCCCAGUAGACCCGAAAGACUCGGAGGGCCAUACGGAACUCCCAGAAACUUCUCAUGAAUCUGCAAGGCAAGAGGAAGAAGAGGAUGAGGAGCAGAGGUGGGAAAGAGAGCGAAAGGAAAGGCAAGAACGAAGGCAAAGGGAGCAAGAGGAGGCCAGAGAGAGAGAGCUGCAGGAGCUUCGAAGACUAGAAGAAGAGACGCUGCAAGAGAUGGAGCAAACAGGAGAGGAAAAAGAUGAGGAAGAAGGUGGAAUGGAGAAAGAAGAUGAACAACAAGAGGAAGAAGAGAAGUCUAAAGGUGAAAAUCCACUAGAGAAGUACAUGAAGAUGGUCCUGGAAGCAAGAGAGAAGGAGAAGCAGCACCAACAGAGUCCUGGAAGAGAUGAAAAGGUGCAAUCAAGUCCAGAAGCCAAGAGUUUGUCUGAGGAGAAAGAUAGCAGCAUUGCAGCGUAUUCACACAAGGAUGAAGAUGAUGAUUUCUGGUGAGCCGGUUCGUCCCAGAAGGCUUUCAUAAACCGAUGAAUUGUACUAGCCCAAGUGGAAAGCAUCUAUUAUAAAUGUGACAUUUUACAUCAACUACACAUGUAUGAAUAAAUUAUGUUUUUUUA